AUGUCUUCCAACAACGAAAAUUUCGUUAGGAGAUACCCGAUCCGGGACAGGAAACGCACGGAAUUCUACACUGACCGCACCAGCGAGCAGGGGAGGAGAGCCACCAACGACCGCGGAGCCCUGCGCAAAACCAGAGUCACUAAUGGCCGCAGAGCCCUGAACCGAGACAGAGCCCUGAGCCAAGCCAGUCCGCACAUUGCGGACGAGACAGCGAGCACCUGGACCCGGGUCCUGCGGCUCUCGCUGCUACUCUUCUUCGACAUCCUUACCCUCGUCUUCAUCAUCGGCGGCUUCUUCUUGGUGCUCUGUGUGCUCUUUGAGAACUCGGCCUUCGCACCCGCACAUACAAACACAAGCGUACUCGAAUCUGCUGGUCUGGUAGCGCCCACAGCAUUCAUCGAAUCCGAUUAUCCUGGCGGCAACGCACAUAUUACCGACAAAGACAUCCGGGCGGCGUACCGAAGGACCCUGCUGCACUUCCACCCGGACAAGAUUAAGGCUGGGACUAGCGAGCAGCUGCUAGAGGCUUAA